AUGCCCUCCGCCAUCUCUCCGCCGAGCUCGGGACCCUCCAUACCUGCCUCAGCGAUGCCACUGAUCUCACCCAACGCCCUCCUCUACGCGCAUUUGAGACAGAAUCCUCCGAAGCGUCCCUCCAAUCGGGCCCCUUCAGAACCUCGGCCGAUCCAGCUCAAUGUAGGCUCACUGACCCAUUGCAAUGGGUCUUCCUUGGUCAAGAUCGGAGCCACAACAAUCGUAUGUGGUGUCAGGGCCGAAAUCCUUCCAGUCAGUGAAAUUCCUAAUUUCAGAGUAACCAAAACCUCCUCGUCAUACAACCCAACGGCUCCAGUGGUACAAGAUGUUCGCUACCAAGACAAAUAUGAAGAAGAGGAAUAUCCUGCUCUUCGACUUUACAAUCUGGUGGUCCCCAAUAUUGAACUGGGGACUGGCUGCACGCCAAAGCAUCCCGUCAAUGCUCCCCCUUCCGUGGAGGCCCAAUCCAUAUCUCAACGUCUCUUGUCGACACUCUACUCCUCGCAACUGGUCAGGACGGCUGACCUUGAGAUAUCUUACACCCCACCUACCGAAACCCAAGAUAUUGAACUUGGCAUAACCGGCGACCCACAGCUGAAAGCCUACUGGACGUUGUAUAUUGACAUGAUGUGCAUCAGUCAUGGGGGCUCGAUUUUCGAUGCAGCAUGGCUAGCGCUGUAUGCAGCUCUCAAGGACGUUAAACUUCCACGGACGUGGUGGGACCCGGAUUCGGAACGGAUACUGUGUUCAGCAGAUAUUAGCGACGCGCGUAAGCUGAAACUGAGAGGCAUGCCGGUAUCGAGCAGCUUCGGGGUGUAUCUUCCAGAAGAGCGAUUACUCAACGCAAAUGGCGGCGGCGGUGACUACUGGAUUCUUAUGGAUAUGGACGGUUUCGAGGAGGAAGUAUGUGAAGAGACUGGAACUAUCAUCGUGGAUGUUCGCGGGAAAGAAAAGGCACUGUCGACAGUGCGUGUUGAGAAGAACGGCGGCUCCGCUAUCGAUGUUGAACAACUCGCCAAAAUUGCUGGUUUUGCCGAAAGAAGAUGGCAUCAAUGGAAAGAUGUCCUAGAUAGCACCUUGGUUAACACAUGA